UCCGUUAGAGAACUUUAGUCCGAAACCUACAGAGUAGUAACCAAAUCAAAAAUGGUUGUAAAAGAAAUACUAGUGCUUUGCCUGAUUUUCGUCGGUACCAAAUGCGCGUCAAUGUUUAAUGAAAAUGAUAUAAUUUCAUAUCAUGCCAAGUUUAAACCCAUAAGUAAUGAUACCAGAAUUGUGGGCGGUUCACCUGUAGAUAUUCCAUCGUAUAGGUACCAAGGUUCUCUUCAAUAUUGGCAUAGACAUAUGUGCGGAGUAGCUUUGAUUUCGAAUACGUGGGUUUUGACAGCAGCCCACUGUACUUUAAUGCUUGUUUUCCCUCUACCAAAAUAUUCCCUGACAGUCCGAUUUGGAACGAGAUUUCAACAAAACGAAGGAUUCGUUUUUCAAGUUGCCGAAGUCAUUGAUCAUCCACAAUACGAUUACAACAAUAUAGACUACGAUGUGGCUUUAAUCCGGUUGGGUAGAGAGGUGACAUUUGGUAACACUAUCGGAGUCAUUCCUUUACCAUCAAGAGAUCAGGCUUUGGUAGCUGGUUCAACUUGCAUAGUGACUGGUUGGGGUACUUUAACAUCUGGUGGCGUUAGUCCGGCGGGAUUACAGAUGGUGCAAGUACCCUUGGUUAGCAAUGAAAACUGCGAGGAGUACUAUUCAGCUAUUAUAGGACCUGGCUCCAUAACAGACCGAAUGAUGUGCGCCGGAUUUGCAGAAGGAGGAAGCGAUGCUUGUCAGGGUGACUCCGGUGGUCCUUUGGUAGUUGACGGACUUCUAAUUGGCAUCGUCAGCUGGGGCUAUGAUUGUGCUCAGCCUAACGCACCUGGGGUAUAUGCCAACGUUGUGGCUCUCAGAGACUGGAUACAAGAAAACAGUGGAAUUAUUAUUUUAAAUACAAAAAGUGUGAUCUGGAACAAGUAUCAGUUUUACUUUAGUUUACUACAGAACCUUUAUGCAGAACCUACAGAAGCCUCUACAAAAAUGGUUUUAAAAGUAAUAUUAGUGCUUUGUCUCAUUUUCGUUGGUAUCAAAUCUGCAUCAGUGUUUAAUGAUGAGAGUUUUGCUUCAUACCAUGAGAGAUUUCAUCCCACUAGUAAUGAUACCAGUACAUUCAUUGUGGGCGGUUCACCUGUAGAUAUAUCGUCUUAUAGAUACCAAGUUUCUCUUCAGUAUUGGCAUAGACAUAUCUGUGGAGGAGCUUUGAUUUCGAAUAUAUGGGUUUUGACGGCAGCUCAUUGUACCAAAAUGCUCAUUUUUUCUCUGCCCAAAUAUGCCUUGUCAGUCCGUCUGGGAUCGAGAUUUCAGCAAAAUGAAGGUUUUGUCUAUCAAAUUGCCGAAGUCAUUGAUCAUCCACAAUAUAGUUUCCUUACUAUAGACUACGAUAUAUCUUUACUUCGAUUGGGUACAGCAGUGACAUUUGGUAAUACUAUCCAACCCAUUCCUUUACCAUCAAGAGAUCAGGCCUUGGUACCUGGUUCAGUUUGUACUAUAACUGGUUGGGGUACCUUGACACAAGGUGGCGUUACUCCAGCUGGAUUGCAGAUGGUGCAAGUACCCUUGAUCAGCAAUGAAAGCUGUAACCAGUAUUAUGCAACUAUUACAGGACCCGCAUCUAUAACAGACCGAAUGAUGUGUGCCGGGUCUCCAUAUGGAGGAAGAGACGCUUGUCAAAAUGAUUCUGGUGGUCCAUUGGCAGUUGAUGGACUUCUAAUUGGCAUUGUCAGCUGGGGUUCUGGUUGUGCCCGGAAUCAAGCGCCAGGAGUGUACGCUAACGUGGUGUUCUUCAGAGACUGGAUACAACAACACAGUGGACUUUCUGAGAGUUUUGCUUCAUACCAUGAAAGAUUUCAUCCCACAAAUAAUGAUACCAGUACAUUCAUUGUGGGUGGUCUACCUGUAGAUAUAUCGUCUUAUAGGUACCAAGUUUCUCUUCAGUAUUGGCAUAGACAUAUGUGUGGAGGAGCUUUGAUUUCAAAUCUAUGGGUUUUGACGGCAGCUCAUUGUACCAAAAUGUUCAUUUUUCCUCUGCCCAAAUAUUCCAUGUCAGUCCGUCUGGGAUCGAGAUUUCAGCAAAAUGAAGGUUUUGUCUAUCAAAUUGCCGAAGUCAUUGAUCAUCCUCAAUAUAAUUUCAAUACUAUAGACUACGACAUAUCUUUACUUCGAUUGGGUAGAGCAGUGACAUUUGGCAAUACUAUCCAGCCCAUUCCGUUACCAUCAAGGGAUCAGGCUUUGGUACCUGGUUCAGUUUGUACUAUAACUGGUUGGGGUACUUUAACACAAGGUGGCGUUACUCCAGCUGGAUUACAGAUGGUGCAAGUACCCUUGAUCAGCAAUGAAAGCUGUAACCAGUAUUAUUCAACUGGCACAGGACCCGCAGCUAUAACAGACGGAAUGAUGUGCGCCGGAUCUCCAUACGGAGGAAGAGACGCUUGCCAAAACGAUUCUGGUGGUCCAUUGGUAGUUGAUGGACUUCUAAUUGGCAUUGUUAGCUGGGGUUAUGGUUGCGCUCAGUAUCAGGCACCUGGAGUAUACGCUAACGUGGUGUUUUUCAGGGACUGGAUACAACAACACAUUAGUCUAUUACUGAAUCCCCUACAAAACCCAUCAGAAAUGGUUUUAAAAGAAAUACUACUUCUUUGUCUGGCUUUCGUUAGUGUUAAAUCUAUAGAGUAUAAUAGAAGUUAUUUUGAAACGUAUCAAUCAAAGUAUAUACCCCUAAGUAAUGAUACCAGAAUUGUGGGUGGUGUACCUGUAGAUAUAUCAUCUUAUAGAUAUCAAGGUUCUUUCCAAUACUGGCAUAGACAUAUUUGUGGAGUAGUUUUGAUUUCGAGAAUAUGGGUUUUGACAGCAGCUCAUUGUACCCGAGCUAUUUAUAGAGUUACACUGCCUCCUCCACGACAUACUUUCUCUGUUCGUUUUGGCUCGACGUUUCAGCAAAACGAGGGUUAUGUUUUUAACAUUGCGGAAAUCAUCGAUCAUCCUCAAUACAAUUCCGGGACCAUAGACUACGACAUAUCGUUAAUUCGAUUGGGUAGAGAAGUGACAUUUAGCAGCACUAUCGGGCUCAUUCCCUUACCAACAAGAGAUCAGGCCUUGGUACCUGGUUCGGUUUGCAUUGUAAAUGGUUGGGGUACUCUAGCACCUGGGGGUGUCACUCCCUCUGGAUUACAAAUGGUGCAAGUACCAUUGAUAAGCAUUGAAACCUGCAAUGAGUACUAUAGGGCUAUUCUAGGGCGUGAAGCCAUAACAGAUAGGAUGAUGUGCGCCGGAUCUCCAUAUGGAGGAAGAGACUCCUGCCAAAGGGAUUCUGGUGGUCCAUUGGUUGUUGAUGGGGUUCUGAUUGGCAUUGUCAGCUGGGGUUGGCAAUGCGCCUUGUAUCAAGCACCGGGAGUCUACGUUAACGUAGUUACACGUAGAGACUGGAUAACUGAACAUACUGGACUUUAAAAUGUUAAUAAAAAAAUC